GUCCACUCCUGCCUGCUCAGCGUGCGCUCAGGGAAGGACGGCUGGUUCCAGCUCUACAGCCCAGGGGGCGUGGCCUGUGACGACGACGGCGAGCUGUUUGCCAGCAUGGUCCACAUCUUGAUGGGUUCCUGCUAUAAAACCAAGAAGUUCCUGCUCUCCCUGGCUGAGAACAAGCUGGGUCCCUGCAUGCUGCUGGCCCUGCGGGGGAACCAGACCAUGGUGGAGAUCCUGUGUCUCAUGCUGGAGUACAACAUCAUCGAGAACAAAGACACACAGCUGCAGAUCAUCUCCACCCUGCAGAGCACGCAGGUGGGCUUCAGGAUGUACGAGCAGCUCUGCGACCGGCAGCGGGAGCUCAAAGAGCUGCAAAGAAAAGGAGGCCCCACCCGACUGACCCUGCCCUCCAAAUCCACGGAUGCAGAUCUGGCCCGUCUGUUGAGUUCAGGCUCCUUUGGGAAUCUGGAGAACUUGAGCCUGGCCUUCACCAACGUCACCAGUGCCUGUGCUGAGCAGCUCAUCAAACUGCCGUCACUCAAACAGCUGAACCUGUGGUCCACACAGUUUGGAGAUGCUGGACUCCGGUUGUUAUCGGAGCACCUGGCCUGUCUUCAGGUCCUGAACCUGUGUGAGACUCCGGUCACUGACGCAGGACUUCUGGCUCUGAGCUCCAUGAAGAGUCUGUGCAGUCUGAACAUGAACAGCACCAAACUGACCGCCGACACCUACGAGGACCUGAAGGCCAAACUGCCCAACCUGAAGGAGGUAGAUGUCCGGUACACUGAGGCCUGGUGAUCCUUCAUGGCCCCGCCCACCUCCAACAUGACCACACACACACACACACACACACACACACACACACACACACACACACACACACACACACACACACACACACA